UCACCGAAGACGUUAGCUAGAUUUUGUUGGAUCAGAGAGAGGAAACGUUUAGAGGAGUAAAACAGUGGUUUGAGAGAAGUUUAAGAGAAAAAACUGAUGGCGACGACAGUGGGAAGAAACAUAGCAGCACCAUUGCUGUUCUUGAAUCUGGUUAUGUACCUGAUUGUGCUUGGUUUUGCAAGUUGGUGUAUCAAUAAAUACAUCAACGGCCAAACCCACCACCCAAGUUUUGGAGGCAACGGAGCAACGCCUUUCUUCUUGACGUUUUCGAUACUGGCGGCUGUGAUAGGGAUUACGUCGAAGCUGGCCGGAGCUAAUCAUAUUAGGUUUUGGAGAAAUGAUAGUCUUGCAGCUGCCGGGUCUACUUCCAUCGUUGCAUGGGCCGUCACAGCUCUUGCCAUGGGGUUGGCAUGCAAGCAAAUAAACAUCGGAGGGUGGAGAGGAUGGAGACUGAAGAUGAUUGAAGCCUUCAUUAUAAUUUUGACGUUCACGCAACUGCUCUACCUCAUGUUGAUCCAUGCUGGUUCACUUAGCAGCAAAUAUGGUCCCGGCUACAGAGACCAAGACUAUGCUACAGGGCAAGGUCAUGGUCAUGUACCACACACUGCAGGCGAGCACAAGGCUGGUGUUGGAACUACUAUGGCCGUUUAAUUUUAAGCUUGUGUUAUAUAAAAAUCAUGUUUGACUUUUGGAUAGUAAGUACGUAUGAUAUAAUUAUAGUUUGUGUUUUUCCAAGUUUAUGUAAUAAUGUAAUUCUAUCCAUCUGACAAACGAACGAGCCUUCUGUGGUCUUUUUGUUAA